GUUUGGAACUCAACGUGACAAAUCGAAGAUGCCGCCACAGACUAAGGAAGAUGAGCUCGACCAAAGGAAAGUGUUAAUUCCGGACUGGCUGAAGGCAGAAGCCUUCGAAGAUCUACUCAGAAAGGAUGUCAAGGAUUACAAGGCGACGAAGGCCCUAAGGGCUAAAGCAGGUGUCCCUGCUGGGGAGAAUUAUGCCACCAUAAUGCUGAGAGUGGAGCUGGAUGUGGAGACCAAAGAUAAAAACCAAGUCACCAAGGCCUUCAUGCUGAAGACUCCCCAUCAAUCUGAAGCCUAUCGCAAGGUGAUCGAAAAGUCAAACAUCUUCGAUGUAGAGCUUGGAAUGUAUCUGGAAGUGGUUCCUGAACUGGAGCAGCUAUAUCGGGAUGCGGGUCUCGAGGUGAAGUUUGGUGCCAAAGCUUACGAGAUCCCAGUCACCGAUUACCAUGUCCUUUUGGAGGAUCUCAGGCCACGCGGCUUCAGAAACGUGAAUCGGCUCGAGGGCAUGGAUCAGGAGCACACUGAGAGUGUCCUGAAGAAAAUGGCCCAAUGGCAUGCGGCAUCUGCAGUUCGCGUGGCGACCAAAGGACCUUACGAGGAGAAAUUUACCAAGGGUUUUCUGAAGAACGAGGAAAUCGUGGAUGCAUUCUGUUGCCGAAACGUAAAGGUUUUCCUAGAGAACGUCCAUCUAGUUAAGGGUUAUGAGACUUACCUAAAGGAUUUGCAUAUCGCAGCUGACAAGUUAUUGGAUAUUGUAAAUGAGCUUAACGAUCCAAAGCCUGACGAGUUCAAUGCCCUGAACCACGGUGAUGGUUGGUCCAAUAACAUCAUGUUCCAGUACAACGAGAAGAACGACAUCUUGGACACAUACUUCGUCGACCUUCAAUUGCCCAAGUGGGGUACGGUGGCACAGGAUCUGUACUACUUCCUGCUGUCCUCCACUAGUUUGGAUGUAAAAAUAUCGAAGUUCGACUACUUCAUUUGGUUCUAUCACUCCGAGUUGGUUAAGCACCUGAAGCUGCUGAAGUACUCGAAAACCCUACCCACUCUAAGAAGUAUCCGAGACACACUCUCCAAGUACAAUGCAUGGGCCUUCUUAUGCUCCUCUACCAUAAUGCCAUUCGUCCUUCUUGAUCCCAGCGACGAUGCUGAUUUUGAAAAGGUCCUGGCUGACGACAACUCCGACUUUAAGACGUCGUUGUACGUGAAUCCUAGGUUCCUCAGGCAUAUGGAAGUACUUUUGCCAUGGCUGCAGCAUCGAGGAGCAUUGGAAGCCUUCAGUUUAUACACAAUGACGGACGAGGCCACAACUAUUCCACUGCCGGCUUGGCUGAAGGCAGAUCUCUUCGAGAAGUUGCUGUCGGAACGUUUCGGGGACAAGUAUGUGGGAAUCAAGAGCUUCGAGCCGGUGGCCGGUCUGAGUCCAGGGGAAAAUUACUCCACCAUCAUGCUGCGUCUACACUUCGAAGUGGAACUGAAGGAUCACGUCAUCGAGAAGGUGAGCUACAUGCUGAAGACGCCUCACGACUUCGAGAUGUACCGCGAAAUCCUGAGGAAGAACAACAUGUUCGUGGUGGAGCGGGACGUCUUCUUGCAGGUGAAGCCCGAGCUGGAGAAGAUGUACGAGGACGCGGGUCUUAGGGUUCAGUUCGGGGCCAAGGCCUACGAAAUUGAUGCUCCCGAUGAGUACGUCUUGCUGCAGGAUCUCAAACCGUUCGGCUUCAAGAAUGUGGAUCGUUUGGAGGGUCUGAACAUGGCUCACACCAAGAGCGUUCUCAAGAAGAUGGCCCAGUGGCACGCGGCCUCGGCCAACAGGCUUCACCUGAAGGGUCCAUACACCCAGCACUACCUACAGCCAACCUACACCGACUCUAUGAAGGACAAUAUCGAGCAGGUGGCCGAGACCCUGGGAAAGUACUUCCUGAAGUGCCUGCCCCUCUACGAGGGAUACGAGGAAUACAGCGAGGCGGUGCACAAGAUGCAGCCCAAGAUAGUGGACCUGAUGUAUGCAAUGAACACUCCCGAUCCGGAGGAUUUCAAUGCCCUGAAUCACGGAGAUUGCUGGACGAACAACAUCAUGUUCCGGUACGAGGGCGAGAACCCCGAACCGGCGGAAACCUACUUUGUAGAUCUGCAGCUCCCGAAGGUCACCUGUGUGGCCCAUGAUCUUAUCUACUUCCUUCUGGGAUCCACGCAAUUCGACAUCAAGUUGUGUAAAUUCGAUUACCUCAUCAAGUACUAUCACGAUCAGCUGAUAGAGCACCUGGCCCUCCUCAAGUAUCCCCAGGCGAAGACCCCCUCGCUGCGGUUCCUACACACUCAACUGCUGAAAUACGGACGCGUUGGCUACCAGACUGUCCUGAUGCUCUGUCCACCGGUAUUACUCGAUCGCACCGAUGAGGCCAAUCUGACCGACUUUGUCACCGAAUCGGAAAAUGGCGAUGGCCUUAAAAUGGCGAUGUACUCCAAUGAUCGAUAUAAAAAGCAUGUUAGCGCCAUCCUCACCUGGAUGAACAAUCGCGGAGCAUUCCAAGCCACAAAUGGACAUAAUGGGACACCUGUCGAGGACCUGCCCAAAUGGGUGAGCAACAUUACACUGGCAAAGGCGAUUAACGCCACGACUGGUAUUGUUGAGAGCAUCGGUCCAAUUACUGUAGUGAAAGGCAGCAGCGAGGGCGAGAACUAUUCCUCCCAGUUCCUGCGAUUGUUGGUGGACGUGGAGCUGAUUGAUCAUAGCAUCAGACGCAUAUCCUUUGUCCUGAAGGCGCAGCACAACAACGAAGUGAUGGCUGCCAUUUUGUCCAAGCUGAAGCUCUUCGAGAAGGAGGAGCAGAUGUACCACAAUCUUCUGCCCAAAUUCGAGAAGCUGUACGCGGUAGCCGGCAAGCGCAUACAGUUUGCUCCUCGGGCCUUCAAGGUGGACCGCGAUCCGGGUGUGGACUACAUUCUGCUGGAAGAUCUGCACCAAAAGGGCUUCAAGAACGAGAAUCGUUUGGCCGGCCUGGACCUGGAUCACAUGCAGAAGGCUCUGGAAAAGCUGGCUGCCUUUCAUGCGGCAUCCGCCUGCUAUGUGGAGCAUAAUGGCCUCUUUGGGGAGGAGUUUACUGUGGGUGUGUUUAGCGAAGCCAAUCGUAAGUUGCUCCAGGAGUUUAAUGCCUCGGGAGCCUUUCUGGCCCAGCUCAAAAAGUGGAAGAAUGCACAGAAGCUGUACGAGAAGUUGGCUGAUAGCGAUGAAUAUCUGGUGGAUCGACUCCUGCAGGAUCAGCAGUACAAUCCCAGGGAGUUCAAUGUGCUCAACCACGGCGACUGUUGGGCCAACAACAUAAUGUUCCAGCACGAUGCCUUUGGAGUCAUUAAGGAGACCCUGUUCGUGGACUUUCAAGUGGGAAAGUACGGCAGUCCGGCCAAUGAUCUGUACUACUUCAUCUUGUCUUCGGCUGCGCCAGAAUUGAAGACAGCCAAGUUCGAUUACCUGGUGCGAUACUAUUUCGAUAAUCUGGUGGAGAACCUAAAGCUGCUCCAAUACCACCGACCCCUGCCCAAGUUGAAGAAUCUGCAUGCGGCCCUCUUCCGCAAUGGGUUGGCUGCCUACAUGGUGGUGUCCAAGGUGCUGCCCGUCGUGAUGCUUGACAAGACCAACAAUGCCAAUCUGGAGAGUUACAUUAGUGACGAGUCCAAGAUGAAGAACGCCAUGUUCACCAAUCCCAAGUACGUCCAGGUGAUGACAGAGGUGCUGCCAUGGUUGGACAACCGCGGCCUGCUUGACUGGAAUUCCAAUAUUAGUCAAUUAUUUAUCAGAAUUAUACGUAAAUUUCUCAAAAUUGAAGGCUAUAAAUUUACUAUGAAAGUACCAAAACUCCCCGAAUGGGUGUCCGGCUUGUCCCUGGGACAGGCGGUCCAGUCUUAUGUGGAAAGUGGUGAUCGCAUUGUGGCGGUCCUGCCCAGCGUCCAUCUCAUACAGUACCGCAACUGCACCGUCCUCCUGCCCAUCCAAGUGAAGAUUCAGCUGCGAGACAAUACGGUGCGAAGACUGUCCUUUCUUCUGAAGGCCCAGCAUGGCAGCGAUAUCCAGGCCAAGAUCAUGGGCCAGCUAAAACUGUUCGUGCGAGAGCAUUACGUCUAUCACAACAUCUUGCCACAAUUCGAGCAGCUCUUUGAGGAAGCGGGCCAGAAGGUGUCAUUCGGUCCGCGUGCCUUCAAGCUGGACCACGGCAUCGGAGUGCGCUACAUCCUGAUGGAGAACCUCAAGGCCAGGGGAUACCGCAAUGUGGAGCGGAGUCAGGGCUUUGACUUGGAGCAUUUGAAGCAGGUGCUCCGGAAGCUGGCCCAGUUCCAUGCCGCCUCCGUCGUGUAUGUGGAGAAGAGUGGCGAAUUCAAGAAGCUCCUGACCAAUGGGGUCUACACAAAGGCCAACGAAGAAAUCCUCCAGGAAUUAAAUAACCCGGAAGUGUUUUUAUCGCAGCUUCGGCGCUUACGCAUUGGUGACCACUUCCACAAACAGUUUGUGGAUAAGGAGGAGGUUCUGGUUAAGAAGCUACUUGAGCUGCAUUCUCCCGACUCGGAGCAGUUCAAUGUCCUUAAUCACUGCGACUGCUGGGCAAACAAUGUCAUGUUCAAGCACGACGAUCAUGGGAAUGUGGUGGACACGGCCAUGCUGGACUUCCAGGUGGUCAAGUACGGAUCUCCGGCCAAUGAUCUGUAUUACACCAUAUUAUCGUCUGCUGAGAAGGACAUUAAGUUAACCGAGUUCGACAAUAUGGUGCAGUACUAUUUCUACCACUUGAUGGAUAGUCUUAAAGUCCUACAAUAUGGCAAAGUCCUGCCACAGAUCGAAUAUAUUCGGGAAAGUCUGAACAAGCAUGGCCUGGCAGCCUAUGUGGUGGUGACACGGGUCUUGCCCAUUACUAUGAUGAAUCAGUUUGAGGACGAGGUGAACGAACGAUAUGCCUCAAAAAUGAAAUGCUCCAUGUUCACCAAUCGCAAGUAUAUCCAGGCUAUGAAAGAGAUUCUUCCUUGGAUGGAGGAGCGAUCGUUGCUCAAUUGGAAAUGAUUUAGGUAUACAUAUACAAAUAUGAACAU